CACUCCUGGUCGGCCAACCAUAAAAGCCGACGUGCGUUUCCGCAUUGGGGAAGCUCCCACGUGUUUCGCCAGCGUGUAUUGUGUGUGUGUCUGUGCAGCAGCAGCAGCAGCACCGGCGGCGGCGGCGGCGGCGGCUAGUCGAAGCGGACUUACGGGGUCUUAUUUGUCACCUUCUGUAGCGGCAGGAUGAGUCCUCUGUGUGACUGCUGCGGCGAGAACAUCAGUAGGCUGAACCAGCAGGUUUCUGUGAUGAGAAAGGAAAUCAAGAACCUGAGGCAGAUGUUGGACAGCGCAGUUCGAGCACAUCGCAAACAUAUGAUGUCAAUUGAGUCUGCUGUGUCAAGGACUGGACUCUGUGAAGCUGACAAAGACCAGACACCACCACCACCACCACAGGCUGCAUUAGAGCAAGGAAACAUCCAGACAGUCCCGAUCGGCUACAUCAGUUCCUGUUUCUCGGUGAAGAAUGGGACACCCAGACAGCCCACCAUUUGUGGCCCCUCGAGAGCGGCACUGCGCAUCCAGCAGAGCGUCUUCAAUAACCCGGAGCACGCCCUGGCAGGCCUGGAGCAGUACUCCCAUGUCUGGAUCAUCUUUCUCUUUCACAAAAACGGGCACCUGAGUUACAAAGCCAAAGUGAAGCCUCCCCGACUGAACGGUCGGAGAGUUGGCGUGUACUCCACGCGCAGUCCGCAUCGACCCAACGCCUUGGGUCUAACUCUGGCUAAACUUGAUAAAGUUGUGGGUGACACAAUACAUCUGUCAGACAUUGACAUGAUUGCAGGCACCCCAGUCCUGGACAUCAAGCCCUACAUCCCAGAAUACGACUCCCCCCAGACCAGGAUUCGCAUGGACUUACAGCCUUGUGAACUAAACACACACGAACCGAAUGCAACUGCUGUGGAGGAGUCAAAUACCUUAAACCUCGACGAGGACUCAGAAACAGAUGCUCAGUCAGACCGAAAAGGGGAAAGAGCUGCUGCUGAUGACUUGGAGAGUCAGCUCUCAAAAGACAAAUCUGAAGCGUUAGGUCUGGAGAUUCCUUUAAUAGAUUCAUCUGGAGUCUGUGGUCAGUUUUCCCUGCGCAGAAACCUGCACGGUGUGCUGGAGGAGGUCAAGGCCUAUGUGACCCAAGGUGACUGUUGCCAAAGCGAGGGCCGAGUUUCCGACUCUCAAACAAGCAAGCCUCCAGAGUCGACAGCGGACCGCCCCUGCUAUGGAGAGGAGGCCUACAGCACCAUUGCUGGCUGGAUCAGAGAGCCUCCCGUUGCCGGUCUGGAGGUACGCUUCACUCCUCACGCUGAGAGGGAGCUAGCAGAGUUCCUUCCCACACACGUGUCAGGACCCGUUGAACGUGUCAGACCCAGGUUCAAGUUUCUGUGCAGUCCAGAGGAGGCUGCUGCCGCAAUCAGGGGGGUGCUGUCAGCAGACCCCCGGUCGGUCUACAGGCGGACACGCUGCAGGGACAGACUCUUCUUCUUCACCCUGGACACGGCUGACAUCACCUGCUGGUUUGGACAGGGCUUUGCUGAGGUACUGCAGGUCCGACCCGUUGAGUGCCACAUUGCCACCAUGUAAGAAACUCUUUCAGUGAAAACGUUAGAGCUGGGUGGUGUCACUUCCCAUGCGCAUAGAGAAACAAACACAGAGCCUGUAAAAUGUUCCUCACCUCAACAUUUCCAGGUUAUUGCUCUAAGAUUCAUCAUUAAGACAGAUUAAAGAUGAAAAAGUAUCACAGUAUUGUUUAAACCAUGUUCAGCAGCUGCAUUCAAAAGUUUCUUUCAUGUAUCCUUUCUUUUUUUCAUGUUUUUUUUUCUUUAUGCGGAGGAAGUAACUGGCCCUCUGCCCAUAGUGGAAAAAUAAACUGACCCUGAAUGAA